AUGGCGGCGGCGGCAGCGGCGGCUCCCUCAGCGGCGGCGGCGGCGGCCCAGGCGCCCGCGCCCCGUGGGGACGGCGCCUCCUCAGUGCACUGGUUCCGCAAGGGGUUGCGGCUCCAUGACAACCCGGCUCUGCUGGCGGCCGUGCGCGGGGCGCACUGCGUGCGUUGCGUUUACAUCCUCGACCCUUGGUUCGCGGCCUCCUCCUCAGUCGGGAUCAACCGAUGGAGGUUCCUGCUUCAGUCUCUGGAAGAUUUGGACAGAAGCUUAAGGAAACUGAACUCCCGCCUCUUUGUGGUCCGGGGCCAGCCAGCUGACGUGUUCCCGAGGCUGUUCAAGGAAUGGGGGGUGACCCGCCUGACCUUUGAGUAUGACUCUGAACCCUUUGGGAAAGAACGGGACGCAGCCAUCAUGAAGAUGGCCAAGGAGGCUGGUGUGGAGGUGGUCACCGAGAACUCGCAUACUCUCUAUGACCUGGACAAGAUCAUUGAGCUGAAUGGGCAGAAGCCGCCCCUUACCUACAAGCGCUUUCAGGCCAUCAUCAGCCGCAUGGAGCUGCCCAGGAAGCCCGUGGGCUCCGUGACCAGCCAGCAGAUGGAGGGCUGCCAGGCCGAGAUCCAGGAGAGCCACGAUGAGACCUACGGCGUGCCCUCCCUGGAGGAGCUGGGAUUCCCCACUGAAGGGCUCGGCCCAGCAGUCUGGCGGGGAGGAGAGACGGAAGCACUGGCCCGCCUGGAUAAGCACCUGGAACGGAAGGCCUGGGUUGCCAGCUACGAGAGGCCCCGGAUGAACGCCAGCUCCCUGCUGGCCAGCCCCACGGGCCUCAGCCCCUACCUGCGCUUUGGGUGCCUCUCCUGCCGUCUCUUCUACUACCGCCUGUGGGACCUGUACAGGAAGGUGAAGCGGAACAGCACGCCCCCACUCUCCCUGUUUGGGCAACUCCUGUGGCGAGAGUUCUUUUACACGGCGGCCACCAACAACCCCAGGUUCGACCGCAUGGAGGGGAACCCCAUCUGCAUCCAGAUCCCCUGGGAUCGCAACCCUGAGGCCCUGGCCAAGUGGGCCGAGGGCAAGACAGGCUUCCCCUGGAUUGACGCCAUCAUGGCCCAGCUGAGGCAGGAGGGCUGGAUCCACCACCUGGCCCGGCAUGCUGUGGCCUGCUUCCUUACGCGCGGAGACCUCUGGGUCAGCUGGGAGAGCGGGGUCCGGGUGUUCGAUGAGCUGCUCCUGGACGCGGACUUCAGCGUGAACGCCGGCAGCUGGAUGUGGCUGUCCUGCAGCGCUUUCUUCCAGCAGUUCUUCCACUGCUACUGCCCGGUGGGCUUUGGCCGCCGCACGGACCCCAGUGGGGACUACAUCAGACGAUACCUGCCCAAACUGAAAGGGUUCCCCUCCCGGUACAUCUAUGAGCCCUGGAACGCCCCAGAGUCCAUUCAGAAGGCAGCCAAGUGCAUCAUUGGCGUGGACUACCCCCGGCCCAUCGUCAACCACGCCGAGGCCAGCCGGCUCAACAUCGAGCGGAUGAAGCAAGUUUACCAGCAGCUCUCCCGCUACCGGGGACUCUGUCUGCUGGCAUCUGUCCCUUCCUGUGUGGAAGACCUCAGCACCCCAGUGGCAGAGCCCAGCUCGAGCCAGGCAGGGAGCUCAAGCAGUGUGGGCCCGAGACCACUGCCCGGGGGCCCAGCAUCUCCCAAGCGCAAGCUGGAAGCAGCGGAGGAGCCGCCUGGUGGAGAGCUCAGCAAACGGGCCAGGGUGGCGGAGUCGCUCCCCUCAGAACUGCCGAGCAGGGGCGUCUGAGACUGCAGUGCCGUGGCUCCGUGAGCAAAGCCUGGCUGCCCGAGCCGCCACUGUGGCAGCGAAGUGCAACCUGCAGAGCCGCUGAUCACCUGCAGAGACAGAGCGAGCGUGUGUGCGUGUGUGCGCGUGCAGAGGAAGGAGGGCUGCCUGUUAGCGUGUGCAUGCGUCUGUGUACACUCAUGUGUCUCUGAAAGCUGUCUGGGCCAGAGGAGGGCGGGUAGCAGCUUCACCUCAGCCUCCGGACCCUGGACUAGAGGUCACGGCGGUGGCGGUCACCCCAUACCUAUCCCUGGGGGCCCGCUGCCUCGUAUGCCUAGAAGGGUGGUCAGACCUUAGGUGGGAUUCUGACACCUGCUCCCCCUCCCCCUCCUCCCUCCACAUCAGACUGAGGAGCAGAGGGAAGCAUUUCUGGCUCUUGUGCAGAGUGUGGGAUUCUCCUGAGUUCCUGCUUUAUGACCCCGGGGGCCAGGCAGGCUGGAGGGGACAGUUGCUGUCCAGACAGUCACCUGGCCUGGCUGCUGCUUUUUAAAAUUCCCUGCCAGUGGACUCCCCAAAGUCUUCCUAGGGGAGCUGGGGCUGAGCUGUGGACAGAUCUGCAGCCUUUCUGCUUCGUACAGAAGUGCACCAGGGGCCUGACCUGAGUGCGGGGUGUGCAGUCUGACAGUAGGAGAGAGGAGCCUCUCACUCUCCGGGGCUGAAAACCUGAGGCUAGGAGUUAACCCUUGCUCUCACCACUCCUUCACCAUCAGAGCAGACUGGAGACCCAGAGCCUCCAGCAGGAGGAGGCCAGGUCCCUGGUGGUGGAGGGCCCCCUGGCUCCCCUGGCCACACUCCAUGGCACCUCAGUCCUGCCCCCGAGGUCAGCUGACGGCAGCCAGGGAAGCCAUUGCCAUCUGCCCGGGGCUGGUCAGCACCGAGCUGCCACAUCAGCCCUCCCGGUAGCUGGACGUCAAGGGCCCAGGCAGGUGCACGGCCAGGGACGGUUGGGAAGGGCCCCAGCUGAGGUCCCACCCAGCGCACCAACCCUUCUGGAAGCAGCAGGUGGGGCGUUUGACCCAGAGAAGCCAAGGGCUUGCCAUCCAGGGGCGGCCGGUGCUCCCACCUCAACCCUCCCGCUGCUGGAGGUCUGUGCUGAGGAGGACCCCGCGGAAAGGAGGACUAUGUGGCCAGCUGGAGCGCGUCUUCCUCCCACCCACGGCCCAGACUUGAGCCACAGCGUGUGUGCGCACAGGAGUGUGUGCAGGUGUGUGUGUGUGGCUGAGAGACCAACCCCUCGUGGGACUUUUGUCCUCACGUGUCACAUUAAGCUGGCCCUGGGCCUUCUCCUCUCUACCUCCCCUGUGACCUUGUCCCAGCCAUGCCCUCCACUCUUCUCUGUCCUAGGACCCGAACCCUGGGUCAGGCCCCUGUCUCCCGCGUCUGUCCAGCACACUGACAGGCUUCUCCCUGAGAUGUCCUCAGGCUUCCUCAGCUGGAGAGCUGCCUUUGGAGUCCAACCAUUGUAUCUGUGUCAACUCACAAGAAAUGUCCCGUAUUGCAUGGGGGAAACAGCUUUUUCUGCAGUGUUGGGUUGGGGGCUUCACUGCUGUCUUAGCCUCAGCCAGGAGGAAAGAGCAUCGGGGGCCGCCACCGGAAGGAGGGGAGAGCAAGCCUGGAAGGACUGACCGAUGAAACUGGGAUGGCCAGAGGGCUUAGGGCCAGAGUCGGUGUUUGUCUGACAGCACCUCAGGUGGCAGGAUGGUUCCCUUUGCCUGCCUUUUUGAUGAUGGGUCUCUUCCCUAAGGUACAUGUUGGCAGGACCACCGCCCCCUACUUCCUACCAUCCCUGGCAUGCUGGCCCUUUCCCAGUGGACUGGAAAUGAGGAGAGGGGCUAUCCAGUGGCCUGGAGCUCUGUGAUGGAUUCAUGUCUCCCCUCUCCUGGCCCAGGUGUCCCUGGGGGCUCCUGCAGAGCACUACCCCAAAUCCUGACUCAAGGGCCAGUGUUGGGAGGGAUGGUCGCAGGCCAAAUGCACUUUAUACAGAGAUUUUGUAUUGCUAGGAAGAUGUGUUUCUCCUACAGUUUGUGAAUAUCCAUGUGUCCCAUAAAUGUCUGAUCCUA